UUUCAAAUCCCCAAGCUGCUGCAGCAGCUGCAGUCUACCGUGUGCGUUCAUCACAUGACGUGACAGAGCAGACUGCCAAGGAAAACGACACAGCGUCAUAGUUUAUUAACUGCUGCACACCUUCUCUGAAACACUCGAGUUUUAGAAAUUCUGCCACUUCUUUUUGCGCGACCAACGAAUGAAACCGAAAUAAAGACAAAUCCAGCGAGGGCGUAUCCUUACAGCUGCAGCAAUGACCCGGAAAUAGAAGCAGCGCAGGUUAGACUCAAUGGUACUGUUCUCUGAAACGCUCUGCUCUGGAAGCUGUUGAAGUGUAAUGAAGAAGUAACUCGUUUUCAGUUAUUUAUUUUAUUUAUGUACAGUAGCUGUUAUGAACUUGGCAGCGGGGAUUAGGAUAUUUUGUACAUUAUUCGUUACGCUUUACGUUUUUGCAUCAUCACGUCAGAUCUUAGCUGGUACCGCUGAGAAUGAGGGCCCUGCAGAAUUUCCUUCAGCAGAGGAGUCCCAUUUAGAAUCCGGGCUGGAAAACCUUCCCAGGUUUGUGGAUGUCGACGACGAGCAGCCUUUAUUUAAAGCCCAGGGCGCUGUGCAGUUUAAGACCGCUGAGAUUGCAGAUGCAAUGCUGGGGACAGAGCAGGCAGCCUCCUCGCAGCUGGGGCUGCUCUCACUAAUCCCAGGAGAUGCGGAGGCUGACUCGGAGGCCGGAGACGCUACUACCUGCAAGGCUCACGAGACCUUGGCUUCUUUAGCACAGUCUUUUAAUGAGGACAGUUCGGAAGAGACUGAAAUUGUUAGGCUGGGAAUCGUGCAUGCAGAAGAAAACAACGCAACUGAAACAGCAAAGACGCCUAAAGUGAACUGUGCAGAGAGAAAUGUAACCGUGCUGGACAGCCUCGCUGUGCAAAUUCUGAAUGCUUCGCAGGAUCUGAUGGAGUUUCUGAAUGCCAAUGGCAGCGAGUGCUCCCUGGUAUUGUUCUACACCACGUGGUGUCACUUCUCAGCUACCCUGGGUCCUCACUUCAACGCCCUGCCACGUGUGUUUCCAAGUAUGCACUUCCUAGCACUGGAUGCCUCCCAGCACAGCAGUCUCUCCACUAGGUUUGGCACAGUUGCUGUUCCCAACAUCCUUCUGUUUCAAGGGGUGAAACCAAUGGCCAGGUUUAACCAGACGGAGCGGACCCUGGGAACGCUGAAGGCAUUCAUCAUGAACCAGACUGGAGUAGAAGGCAAGGCUGAGGAGGAAGUAACCGAGGAAGACCUGUCCGGGCCCCUACCCAGCGUCCCUGUCAGGAGUAUCGACUGGCUCCUAGUCUUCUCCAUCAUGUUUAUUACAGGCUUUGUGAUUUACGCGGUACUGCGCACUGACAGCAUCCGCUGGCUGAUGCCCGGGCAGGAGCACGAACACCAGGACUGAAACGAGAGCAUCAGUUAAACUGGAUGCACUGUGCAACUCCUUCAAUGAUGAGCCAGCUGAGGAAGUCAAAAUCAACCCAAUAAAAUGUGUUACAGUGCAGUCAAGUCAUACAGAAUAAGCCUGCUGCUUUUUCAUGGUGUGUUUGAUUUGCUGGGUGCUGCUACACAAAUAAAUGUUGUUUUAAAGGUG